AUGCUUCGUCGAAAGCCAACGGCUAUUGCUAUUACUUCUGAGGACAUUGCUGCCUUUGAAGAAGCUAGACUUCGCAAACUGUCUGAAGAAAACAAACACCCAGAACAGCACGCAAAGGCAACCUCCAAUGUCAACAUCGACCCCAGUGAUGAGCUGAAACCACUUCCAGGUGACAAGGCUAGGAUUACCACCAUUGCAUGUUGGAAGGACUUGUUCCACACCAUGACAUUUGGAUAUGAGUGCAGGAUCUUUGGCGUUGAGGAUAUGACAGUCUCAUACAUAACACACCCACCAUCUUGCUUGUAUGAAAGCGUAUGA